GAAACUGAUUGUGGAAUUCCGAUGAUGGUUCAGUUAUACAAUUGUGUUUAGUUUAGUUCAUUCGAUUGUAUAGUUUACUUAUUGGAUAAAUAUAAAGGAUUUAUAGCGGAACUAAGUGAACUGAACUAAGCUAUUCGUUCACAUUAGUGCAUCGACUGAUCGGAAAAAGAACCAAAAUACUUUUGUUAGGCAUAAAUUAGUAGUUCGUUAAAUGAACUUAUAAAAAAGAAGAAAACGAAAAAUACAUAUAUAAUUAAGUUAAUUCACGACGUCUGCGUUGCAUGAACUAUUUAACAAUUUUGCUGUGUAAUCGUAAACCGACGAUGCUUUCGCGCCGAAGCAAAGACAAAUCGCAGGCACAUAAAGAAGGCGUUGUGGGCAAAUAUGUUAAGAAGGACACGCCGCCUGAAAUACCGGUAAUAAACGUAUGGACCUCCUAUCCAGACCAACAAAACCAACGUGCCAAAAAGAAAUCAUUGCAACGCUGUGCUAGCACGUCGCCUAGCUGUGAAUUCAAACCGCGCAGCUCCAGUUCUAGUCGCAAUACAUAUUCGUGCAGCGAUGUUCAGCCGGAUUAUUAUCAUGCGCGACGAGCUCAAAGUCAAAUGCCCUUGAAUAACAAUAAUAAUCAACAAACGCUGCAGCCACCGACAACGUCCAAUACUCAGUUUCAGCAAAGUAACUAUGUUAAUAUUGAGCAAAUGGAGCGUAUGCGACGUCAGCAAUCCUCCCCACUGCUCCAGACGCCCACAAGAGGCUUCCAACGUAGUUAUUCAACGCAGAAGCAAACACAACCCGUUGGUGCGCCGAGCUAUGAUAUCGAUCAGGGCUUACUUAAUGCCUCCUAUGCUAAUAUGUUACAAAGGCCAACUCAAUUUGCUAUGCCACAGCCAACUCAGCUGCUGCAUCAGCCUGUGCAGCAACAUGCUUCACUCAUAAGAGCUCCACUUGCACAGCAGCAGCAACACUUAGCAGGUCAUAUGAUAGGCAGCUAUUCAAGCGAUUCGUAUCCCAUAUAUGAGAAUCCAUAUCGUGUUUCUUCAAUGCGUGUAACGCAAUCACAGCGCUCCGAAUCUCCUAUAUAUAGCAAUACCACAGCAUCAUCAGCUACGCAUUCACAUCAGCAUCACCAACAUCAUCCACAUCAACAUGCACAUCAUCAGCAAUUUCAUCAUCACUUACCACUGCCCCUAAGCGCAUCGCUGAGCGUUAGUGGACGCGGCCGAAGCUCUGGUAGCACUCGAAUCGCCUCCAGUUCUGUACAGUCUCUCUACGCGCCACCUUUGACUCCACCUGCGGCUAGCAAUUCGUCUGCCGGUGCCGCUGGUGACAGCAAUAGCAAUGGUGCUUUGCAAAAGGUAUCAUCACAGCAGUCCCUGACUGAGAGUGAAGAGCUGCCAUUGCCCCCCGGUUGGGCUACGCAGUACACAUUGCAUGGUCGAAAAUAUUAUAUUGAUCAUAAUGCACAUACCACGCAUUGGAAUCAUCCAUUGGAACGCGAGGGUCUGCCAGUUGGUUGGCGACGCGUUGUAUCCAAGCUGCAUGGCACCUACUAUGAGAAUCAAUAUACCGGCCAGUGUCAAAGGCAACAUCCAUGUUUAACAUCUUAUUACGUUUAUACCACAUCUGCUGAGCCGCCCAAGGCUAUACGACCCGAGGCGCCGUUAUAUGCGCCACCUGCGCAUACGCAUAAUGCUUUGGUGCCAGCAAAUCCCUAUUUGCUAGAAGAGAUACCCAAAUGGUUGGCCGUGUAUUCAGAGGCAGACUCCUCCAAGGAUCAUUUGCUGCAAUUCAAUAUGUUUAGCCUGCCAGAGCUUGAAGGCUUCGAUAGCAUGUUGGUGCGACUGUUCAAGCAGGAGCUUGGCACAAUAGUUGGUUACUAUGAGCGCUAUCGUCGCGCCUUAAUCUUGGAAAAGAAUCGUCUUGCGGGUCAUAAUAAGCUACAAUAAGCUGGACAGCAUGAAUAUUUACCCCAUAAGUUAUACCACCCUUAACAUAACUUCCGGACAAUUCGUUUUGAUUUCUAAAAAGAAUUUCAAUCAGUUUGUAAACUGUGAUAUAAUUUGACUAAAAACGAAUGGAAUAUAAAAGAAAAACUGUUUUGAAUUGCAGUUUAAGUUCUUGCUUGACUUUUUGCUUUAGCACA